AUGAUAGUGUGGCAAGCACUAUUCGUGGUUUACUGCCUAUUUACCACUUCUAUUCACGGUUUAUUCCAAGACUUCAAUCCUUUCGCAAAUAAGAAUAUUUCCUUAAAGUUUCCCAGCCUAAAUAGAUGGGAGAAAAACGUUAUGGCUACUGGUCAACAAACAAUCAUCAAUUCGGAUAGCAUUUAUGAAUGGACCCCGAUCUUAUCUAACAUAACAGCGGGCAAAAAAGACAGUUUUGUAUUUACCAUUGACGCAGAAGCCUCCGGUUAUGGGUUUGCUCCCACGUAUGAAGUGUUAAUGUUUAUUAGCGGCAAUAUAUGCCAAAUGCCCAUGAAUAGAUCAGAUGUGGAUUUAACAAUAUACUACUCUUUUAAUGAAACGGUUUUAGAGAACCCAAAUAUAGGUCAAAGUGCAGUUUUUCAGGAUGGCUACAUCCAAGCAUUAGCCAUCAGUCCAGUGCAGUCUUCUAGCUCGAACGCUACCUCCACGUAUUCAAAUCUUUAUGUGGUCGCUGAGCUAGUGAAUUCCACUACGGAGCAACCUCUGUCCAGUUCCGACGCCUCUGAAAAUUGGGAAUAUAGACUGAGUAUCUCUGAGAACGAUUUGGUUUUUCAGUGGGAUGUAAGGCCUUGGGUAGAGGUCCUGGACACUGAUAUGAAUUCUGCAUUACUAUCAACGGGGAAUGUCACCGCAGACGCCAAAGUUUAUCACAAUUAUUCAAUAUAUGAUCCAUCCUUGUACGAUCUGUAUGUUUACUCGUACGAAGAUUCUGUUCAACUAAACCAAAACUAUAAUUUAUCUCUUUGUGCUGUGAAAAAUGGACCAUAUUUAGUGUCUUCCCAAAAUACAUCAAAUGCAACAGUUACGUCAAAUAGUACAAAUCCUUUAGAGCGUACUGACUUGGCGAUUCAAAAAAAAAUUACAGAAUAUGGUGGUAGCGUGACAGAAAUGUUUUACGUGACAGGACUGAAUGCCUCAACAACUUAUGUAGCGUACCUGACAAAGAAAAUCAGUAAUGGUGAUGGGUUGUCAAGUGUGGGCGGCAUUUUAUUUUCACAUGUUUAUUUUACCACAAGAAGUACCGAUGUCUGCUCUUUGAUCUUUGGUUUGGACUUCUGCAGUGACGUCGCUUACUCUGUUCCUACAUCCUCAUUUUCUGUGGGUAAUAAAACUCUCAUGGCGCAGACAUAUGACCACAUUGCAGAGGCACUAUAUGCAAAUUUUAGCAAAGCUCUACAGUUAAUAUCCUGUGACGCAGACAAAGACGCAAGAUAUUCUCCGGUCAUGACUUGUGACGAUUGUGCCGAAGCUUAUCGUGAUUGGGUAUGUGCAGUAUCAAUUCCGAGAUGCACCACGACGUCUUCCCAAUACUACAUCCACAGAGAUAAAAGUCACAACCGUAAUGAUUAUUUGAAUAAAUUUAUUAAACCUUUGGAUGACUAUUACGAAAUUCUACCUUGUAUUGACAUGUGCUAUACAUUAGUACGAAAUUGCCCAAGCGAUUUUCAAUUUUCCUGUCCGAAUGAUCUUACUACGGAAGAUCUUCUUUAUCAAAGUUACAAUUUCUAUAUGGACACUGACUACUCAACCUGUAAUUAUAUAGGUAACUCAUCCUUGAUGGUAAUUCAUCCAUUGGACGAUACGUAG